GUUUCGUCCACAAGUUGUGUAAGAUUGAACGUAUUGACAGCGUGACCGAGAACUAGAAGCAGUCACGUAAAGAAACCGAACACGAACAGCACGUGAGGACCACGUUGAAAGUGACAAAAGCCAUGGGUUCUGUGUCGUUUCUUUUCACAAGUGUGCUGUUCGGGUACUAUGUCUCUAUCGGCACAAUCCAGUUGCUGCUGACGAAGGCUUCGGAGCAGAACGGGAAGCUGCAGUACAACACGAGUUUUGUGGUGUUGCUAAUUGAGCUCUUCAAGUCCGUGUUCGCGCUUGUCAUGAACCAGGUUUACGGGGCCCCUGGCUCCACUGCAACGAAGGAAGCCACGUCAACAUUCUCGGCCGCGUCGGACGGGAGCAAGCGGAAGUCCCGAUCGCUCGUCGAAGGGCUGCAGCUUCGGUAUGCCAUGCCAGCUUUUUUUUACGCGGUGCAAAACAACAUGAACAUCCUCGCGAUUCCGCUGUUGCACCCCCACAUCUUCCAGCUGUUCAACAAUUUGAAAAUCGUGUCCGCGGCCGUGUUCUCAACGCUGCUGCUGCGCAAGCGCUACACGCAGAUGCAGUGGCUGGGGAUGGCGCUUCUGGUAGUGGCCUGUUGCGUCUCGAAGUUCGAGGUCUGCCAGUCGGCCGCAGAGAAGAUCUGGGGUCUCCUUGUCGUGUCCUCGCCGAGCGAGGCCAAGAAUUUGGUCUCGCAAUCGGCGACAGGGGCUGCUACGAGCGGCCACAACAGCACAGCACCGCUCGCCGCCUCGCCACUGUCUGACGAAGCUGCAGAUCUUGCCGGUGCGGCGGAUGCACGGUUUCUGCUGGGGUUGUCUUUGGCGUUGGGCAGUGUCGCGACCAGCGGAAUGGCGGGCGUGGUGAACGAGUACGUGCUCAAGCAUGGGGAUGAUCACUACGGCUUUUGGCGCAAGAACCAGCUGGCCUACCAGUGGGGCGUGGUGUUCAACCUCGUGCCGCUCCUCUAUCGCGCGGUGGACGGGGCAGCGAUACGAGAACGCACAGAAGAGCUGCUUGCGGAGAGCAAAACGACGCCGCAGCCGAAUUCGUUUUUCGUUCUCUGGGAGGUAGCUCGGAGCGUCCUUUCGUCCCUGCAAACACAGCUCCACGUGCCGCCCGAGCGGCUUUUUGAAGUCAACUGGUGGGCGGAAAAAAUCACCAGCUGGUUCUUCGGUUUCACUCCGAUGUAGAAACUGCAAAAGCGUCGGCGUCACUGUGUCCGGACGAAGUCGUCGUAAGUUUUAGUAGCAUACAUCUAGUGAGAAAAUUGACGCGUGGUCGCAAGUGUCAAUCAUUUCUGGGUGAACACUUCAGGCGGUCCGCUGGACUCUUCAGCCCACACUUGGUGCAUAUUCGUGGCGGCAGUUUUAUCGAUGUAAGAAUAUACUACAAGUUGAAGUUGCUAGUUCCGACUUGCAUCUCUUUUUGCAAUUCCGACGUUUUUGCCCUGCAUACCACAGUCUGGCUGCUGAUUUUGGUAAACGUGGCGCUUGGCGUAUCCAUCUCCCUCGUGUUUCGCUAUUUCGACAACGUUGUGAAGAGCUUUGGUGGGCCACUGAUUCUAUUCGCAACAACAUUCUUCAGCUGGUGGCUCUUCGAUUCCUUAUCUAGUACAAAAGCAUCGCAGCUCGUAGACCAUUGAGAAUGCAGCAUGCUAUGCAGUAAGAAUGGAGCCUCGGCGUUUUUCUCUUGAACUUGAAGUACGGUUGGUCACUCCAUCAACGCACAUGGCUUGUUGCUCAAAAGUACGUUGACAUACCUGUUAAGGGUUUUCAUGUGGUCUGAUAUGCGAUAUGCUUGCAUUGCAUAGACCUCCAUCACGUACCACUUUGUCCUUGCUCUGGGGUUGUACCUGCUCUCCGUCUACGUCUACGUUGGCGGCAAGUCGUUUUUCUGCCCAAAAAGGCUUGCUGUCACAGAUGCCGUUGAGAUGAAAGACCGGAAAGACAAAUGA